GUCCCAAGAUCAAUGCGAGCUCGGAACCGCUCCUCUCCCCCGAUCCCAGUCUAAACGUGAGCCCGAGACGGCUCCUUUACCACCCGGGUCCCAGGCUCAGCUCGAGCCCGAGACUGCCCCCCUCUUCCUCGAGUCCCAGGCUCAGCUCAAUCUCGAGACCCUCACCCCACCCCAGGCUCAGCACGAGCCCAAAUCGUUUCUCUCCCUCGGGUCCCACACUCAGCGCGAGCCUGGGACCGCUCUCCUCCUCUUGGGUCCCAGGCUCAGCGAGAGCCUAGGACCGUUCCUCUCUACUGGGUCCAGGCUCAACGCGAGCCCGGGAUCGCUUGCCUCCCCCGAGUCCCAGGCUCAGCGUGAGCCCGGGCACGCUCCUCUCCCCUCGGGUCCCAAGCUCAACGCGAGCCCGGGACCGCUCCCCUCUCCCCUGGGUGCCAGGUUCAGCGCGAGCACGGGUACGCUCCCCUCCCAUCGGGUCCCAAGCUCAACGCGAGCCAGGACUGCUCCCCUCUUCCCUGGGUCUCAGGUUCAGCACGAACCCAGAACUGCUCUCCUUCCCCCAGGUCACAGCCUCAGUGCAAGCCCAGAACCGCUCUCUUCCCCCGGGUUCAAGGCUCAGCGUAAGCUCACUCCCCCCGCCGGGUCCCAAAGCUCAUCGCGAGACCGGGACCGCUCCCCUUUCCCCUGGGCUCAGCGCGAGUCUCCGGACAGCUCUCAGCGCGAGCCUGGGAUCGCUCUUCCCUCCCUGGGUCCAGGGCUUAAUGCGAGCCCGGGACCGCCCCCCGG